AUGACCGUCCAGGCGAGGAGGGCCUCCGCAGCCUACAAGUCCCCAUCACCCUAUAAUUCACGAGAUACAGACGUUGAAAAGCAACCCACGACCGGUCGCCACACAUACCACCAUCACCAGAGUGAUGACCCGGAUUCCGAUGACGAGUCGCUGGACGAUAACAAUGUCGCGGACUCCUACCCCCCGCCCGUCGUAGCUGGCGGCAGUCUUCGCCGCCCCCAAGCUACCGUUGGCUUUCGCGUGCCCCAGCGCAUCAUGCGCUGGCUUUGCUUCGCACUUUUGGCAGCCCUUAUUCUCUUCAUCCUCACCCUCUUCCGCUUUACCAUAUCCAGCUCCGUUUCACAAGUCCCUGUCGAGCUGCCCAAGGGCGGCAACAACGCCCCGAAGCCGCCGCAAUGGGAGAGCUUCCCGUUCCUCAAUCGAUAUGGGGGCGGUAUCUCUUCCUUGGUCCCGCGCGCUGAUAAUGUUCCCGAAUAUCCUGGCGAUGGCUCCGAGGACGUGGGCAUGCAGAUGGAACAAAGCGACGAGCAGAAGGAGCAGGAGAAGGACACCGACAAAGUGGCCAAGAGGGAUUUGGCCCCGAGCAUGUUGAGCACCGUUUUUAAUCCGUAUCCCGACUACCACUCGCCGGAAUACAUAGGGAAAUACGGCGACAAGCGCGAGUGCUUCCUCAAUGUAGAAAACACGUUGCGGGUUCCAUCUAUCCAAAGUUACCCUGGAGUUCCAAAGGGCUUCCCGGACCCAGUAAUAGGCUCAAAUACGAUUUUGGGUAUCCGAGAUGACAUGUGCUUUGACCGUUUUGGCCGAUUGGGGCCAUACGGAUUGGGUUACGGGGUCAAGAAGGGCGGCAUCGGCGCCGGUAUGGAGGGUAAUCGUGAGGGCGCCGACCGUGUGUGGGAAGAUGUCCCGCCUGUGGAUUUCCGACAGGUGGAUUGGGCUGCUGCGCAACACCGCUGCCACGCGGCCAACCGCCAUCGCUUUAAUGAGCUGCCGGAGCCGCGUCUCAACCGCUUUGUUUCUAUGCCUAUUGGUAUUCCCAAGGUGGAAAUCCCGCCGCCUGCGGAAGAUAAUCGCACGGAACCACCCAACGUUGGAUCUGAGCGUCUGCCGCGUACUGCAUUGGUUAUCCGCACAUGGCACGACUUCAACUAUUCCCCGGAGGAUAUUAUGUAUAUGCGUUCUGUCAUUUCAGAGCUCUCGUUGAUGUCCGGUGGCGAGUACACUGUUCACUUCUUAGUUCAUGUCAAGGAUACCAAUCUACAGAUCUGGUCUGAUGACGAGACAUACCAGCGUGUGCUUGAUGAGGCACUACCGGAGGAGUUCCGCGGUAUGGGAACUCUCUGGUCCGAGCCGCAGAUGGCCCUGAUGUAUCCCGGAUUGGAGGAGACCAUGACUCGCGGCUUGCCAAUCCACGGUGUCUAUCGCAGUACGUACAUGCCCAUGCAGUACUUCGCUUUCCAGCAUCCUGAGUACGAUUACUUCUGGAACUGGGAGAUGGAUGUGCGUUACACAGGCCACUGGUACCACCUCUUCGACAAGGUCGGUGAGUGGGCGAAAAAGCAGCCGCGAAAGGGUCUCUGGGAACGUAACGCUCGCUUCUAUGUCCCAUCCGUCCACGGCUCAUGGGAAGACUUCCGACAGAUGGUUCGUGUUCAAACCGAGAGCGGUACUAACUCCGCCAAUAACAUGUGGAGCGCCGUCAAGGGUGGUCCGGCAGGUAACACGCGAAGCGCAAUGCACCAGCAGGGUGACAAGGCCAUCUGGGGUCCCGAGCGCCCCGACGAACGGGACAUCUUCGAGGUUGAGGGUGAGGGUAUCCCACCCACAAGCAUGGAUAAGGACCAGUACCAAUGGGGUGUAGGCGAGGACGCCGACCUAGUCGUUUUCAACCCGCUCUACGACCCCGAGGGUACGACCUGGCUGCUGCGCGACGACGUGACAGGCUACAACAAGGAGAACGGCAUGCCACCACGGCGCACCGCAAUUAUCACCGCAUCACGGAUCUCCCGCAAAUUGCUCACCACUAUGCAUCGCGAAUGCAGUCUCAAGCGCCACAGCAUGUUCUCAGAGAUGUGGCCCGCGACCACCGCGCUGCACCACGGCUUCAAGGCCGUCUUCGUGCCGCACGCUGUCUACGUCGACCGUCGCUGGCCCACCCGUUACCUGGAAUCAGUGUUCAACGCCGGUCGUAACGGAGCCUCCGGCGGCGCUCGUACAUCUGUCUUCGGCGAUCGUGAACACAACUUCCGUGGUACGACUUGGUUCUACUCGGCAGGCUUCUCGCCGAAUAUCUGGCGUCGCUGGCUUGGCCUCCGCGUCGACAAUGACGGCGGUGAGCAGCAGGAGCUGGCUGGCGAGGGCCGCAUGUGUCUCCCUCCUAUGCUUUUGCAUCCUGUCAAAGAAGUCAAUAUGAUCAUUGACGACGGAGAAAAAGCAGAGGACCGUUGA